UCAUGUAGAUAGUAGCAAAGUGAUACUUGCCUUGUAUAAUCGUUGAUGUUGAUGCUACCCAGCUGAACAAUAAUUGGAAGAAGAAUCAAUAUGGAUAAGAUCCAGGAGAAUAAGGUACAGAGAUUCGAGGAAUUCAUCGACUGCCGCUUGAAGCCAGAUCUUGUCCGUGCCAUUGCUGAACGAGACAAGGUUUUUGAGCAACAGAAAGUUUUCUUAGACCUAAGAAGGUAUAUAGAGAAUCUGGAGAAGAAUGGUGUGACUAGCCUCCGUACUUUGGUCAACGUUGGUUCCGAAGUGUAUAUGCAAGCUGAUGUGCCAGAUACACGGCACAUAUUUGUGGACAUUGGACUGGGCUUCCAUGUAGAGUUUACCUGGUCUGAAGCUUUGGAGUUCAUAUCAAGAAAGGAAGAAAGAUUAGACAGGCAGAUCGAGGAGUAUACACAACUAAUUGCAUCUAUCAAAGCCCAAAUCAAGAUGGUCUAUGAAGGUAUUCGAGAGUUGCUCCAACUUUCAGCAGAUAGAUCUUAAUGGUAUCUUCAAUACUAUUUCUAACUUUUUUUUAGCCUGUAGAAGGGGGUUGAUCCCCACAUUCAUGUAUAUAACAGCUGACUUCUCAUUAUGUUGAUGCAUACCUCCAGGAAGAGUGACACUCCAAUUAUACUUUUAUUUGUGUGAAAAACUGUUUAUUUACAGUAGGUGAAAUUGUUUUCC